ACAAGUUGACAUAAAAAAAAAAUCAGAAGGAAUACGACUUUUUCUUCCCAAAUUUAGUAAAAAUCAGAUCAUCGUUGACUUUUUACGCUUUCUUAUAUUCGCCAUCGCGUUCAAAUGUGCACCAGACGAUUGUUCAUGUGGAGAAACGAGAUUAAUCACCAAGCUGUUCAACCUGGAUCAGAAAACAGAGGAAUCCACUGUACCGCAUGCUUUCAAUUAACUUCUUUCCUGCUAUAUACAUAUCCCUGCGGUUGCCACAGUCGUAUCAAUAAAUACGAGUCUCGACAUGGUUCAUACGCAGUGCGAUCUCUUAUGAAGGCUGAAUUGAUAUUAAUAUUUGGGUGUAUCUUCUUACCAACUAGCAAUACACGUAUGCAUCUACAGAUGUAAGACAUCCGUUAUUCAAUAUGGCUACAGAAAUAACUGCUUCACCUCAAUGAAAAUCAGGCAAGCGCGACAUGAUGUUUGAUUUGUGACAGCGCAUUUCGAGGAUUCUUU